CAGAGUGUGGUGCAGUGAUUGUGGGACCGAAGCCAUGAUCAGAGUCCAGCUGCUGUUUCUGGUGGCCCUGGCAGGACACCUCCACCCCAUCUCGCACGCAAGGACACUUGUUGGAGUCGGACAAAUCACAGCGGAGGCUGAAAAUGUGGAGCCCCCUGUAGUCCCCGAUGUACCUGACACUGUCAAAGAGGGAGCUGCUGCUGCCCCCACCCAGGACCAAGUUCCUCCAGCAGACCCUGCUGCUCCAGAGAUAGAACCUGUUCCUGAGGAGGUCCCAGCUGCUCCAGAGGUAGAACCUGUUCCUGAAGAGGUCCCAGCUGCUCCAGAUGUAGAACCUGCUCCUGAAGAGGUCCCAGCUGCUCCAGAGGUAGAACCUGUUCCUGAAGAGGUCCCAGCUGCUCCAGAUGUAGAACCUGCUCCUGAAGAGGUCCCAGCUGCUCCAGAGGUAGACCCUGCUCCUGAAGAGGUCCCAGCUGCUCCAGAGGUAGAACCUGUUCCUGAAGAGGUCCCAGCUGCUGCUCCAGAGGUAGAACCUGUUCCUGAAGAGGUCCCAGCUGCUGCUCCAGAGGUAGAACCUGUUCCUGAAGAGGUCCCCGCUGCUGCUCCAGAGGUAGAACCUGUUCCUGAGGAGGUCCCAGCUGCUCCAGAGGUCCAGCCUGUUCCUGAAGAGGUCCCGGAUGCUGCUGCUCCAGAGGUAGAACCUGUUCCGGCAGAGGGCCCAGCUGCUCCAGAGGUAGAGCCUGUUCCGGAAGAGGUCCCAGCUGCUCCAGAGGUAGAGCCUGUUCCUGAAGGUGCUCCGGAGGUAGAAACUGUUCCUGAAGGGGCUCCAGCUGCUCCAGAGGUAGAACCUGUUCCUGAAGGUGCUCCAGAGGUAGAACCUCUUCCUGAAGAGGUCCCAGCUGCUCCAGAGGUAGGAUCUGUUCCUGAAGGUGCUCCGGAGGUAGAGCCUGUUCCUGAAGAGGUCCCAGCUGCUCCAGAGGUAGAACCUGUUCCUGAAGAGGUCCCAGCUGCUCCAGAGGUAGAACCUGUUCCUGAAGGUGCUCCGGAGGUAGAAACUGUUCCUGAAGAGGUCCCAGCUGCUACAGAGGUAGAACCUGUUCCUGAAGGUGCCCCGGAGGUAGAAACUGUUCCUGAAGAGGUCCCAGCUGCUACAGAGGUUGAGCCUGCUCCUGAAGAGGCUCCGACUGCUUUCGAGGAAGAGCCUGGGGAAACUAUUACAGUUCUCCCUGUCGAAGAAGCUGCUAAAGAGGAAGAGGCUGCUCCGGUUCCUCCUGAGGAAGAGGAAGCUCUUCCGGUUGUUCCUGAGGAAGAACCUUCCACUGAAGAGGCACCAACUGCCCCAGAGGAAGAACUUGUCUCAGCUGCCCCAGAAGAGCAGCCAGUGCCUGAAGAGGUCCCUUCUGCCCUCCCCACAGAGGCCCCUGUCCCACCCACAGAAGAUCAAACCGAAGCCUACGCUGCCCCUCCAGACACUUCUGUUCUUCCCCCAGAGGCAAAAACAGAGGCACCUCCACCUAAAGUGAUCCCCAUAUGCGUGCCUGCUGCAGAGCCUGACUCCUCCACAAACAGCCCUGACGAGGUCGGGGCAACAGUCAUUCUGUUGGAGGAAAAACCUGCAGGUGUUAGCAGGGGCCUGGUCCUCGGCGCUGUAUUUGGUCUGCUGGUGUCUCUGAUCGCAGUGGGCUCGGCAGGGAAGGUGGUAUCAAGGAAGGUGGGCAGAUACACGUAA